AUGGUGAACGUUGCUGUCAUUGGUGCUGCGGGCGGCAUUGGUCAAUCCCUUUCCCUGCUGCUUCUUCGCGAACUGCCGUUUGGGAGCACCCUGUCCCUCUUUGACGUGGUUGGCGCGCCUGGCGUUGCUGCCGACCUUUCCCAUUUGGACCGUGUCGGUGUCACCGUGAAGCACGCUGCCGGGAAGCUUCCCCCUGUGCCCCGUGAUCCUGCCCUCACUAAACUGGCUCAAGGUGUUGAUGUUUUUGUCAUUGUGGCUGGUAUACCGCGCAAGCCUGGUAUGACGCGCGAUGACCUGUUCAAGGUGAACGCUGGCAUUGUUAUGGACCUUGUCCUGACAUGCGGCGCGGCCUCUCCCAAGGCCUGCUUCUGCAUUGUCACGAAUCCUGUGAACAGCACCGUUCCCAUCGCUGCCCAGGCACUGAAGAAGCUUGGCGUGUACGAUAAGAAUAAGCUGUUUGGCGUGAGCCUACUCGAUGGACUGCGGGCCACACGAUUCAUCAACAACGCCCGUCACCCUCUUUCCAUUUCGUAUGUUCCGGUUGUGGGUGGACACAGCGACGUCAGCAUUGUGCCGCUCUUCUCGCAGAUUGCAGGGCCGCUUCCCGCCGAGUCGACGCUGAUGGAGAUUCGCAAGCGUGUGCAGGUGGCCGGAACGGAGGUGGUGAAGGCAAAGGCAGGUCGCGGCAGUGCAACGCUCGCCAUGGCGGAGGCAGGUGCCCGCUUCGCAAUGUACGUUGUUAAAGGGCUUCUGGGCCUGGAAUCACCCCUGGUAUACGCGUUCGUCGACACCGACGGCCAACACGAUUGCCCCUACCUCGCGAUGCCGGUGAUUAUCGGAAAGAAAGGCAUUGUGAAGCGCCUUCCUAUUGGCCCUAUCACGGAAAUCGAGAAGAAGAUGCUUGACGAGGCUGUCUCCGUCGUGAGGAAAAAUGUUGCGGCUGGUGAGACUUUCGCGCGGUCGAAGCUGUAA